AGCACAGCCUUGCACAUCCUUUUUUGUGGACAGCGUUUACCUGAGUGUGAGGCGCACCCCGGCAGAAAACUGUGCUGCGUGGGUCUCGUCACGGCCCUCCCUGCGUCGUUGCGCUGGCGCUUCCUUUGUAAGAAAGCGCAGCAGGCACACACACGCACAUACACAUACACACACACGCGCGAGCAAGCCGACACGCGAAUUAUCUCCCUUAUCACGAGCGCAGGCGCAAAAGGAGAAACCAAGGUCAGCCGCUCUUUGCAAUGUCCAUAUCGUAUAGUAACCGUCAUCUGUAUGAACUCCAUCCCACCAGCACGCGCAACUUCGGCGUGCAGGCGGCUGCCUUGCCGUCCAUAAAGCAGCUCAACCUCAACCACAAUCACCUGCGCUCUCUUGAGUGCCCUUUUGACGGACGGCGCGGCGUCGGUGCGGCGCCGGUGGGGAGGGGCGACUUUACAGGAAACCCAGCCCCUCCGCUGCCGCUGCGGCCGGCGCUCCCCGCCACCGCCGCCACCGCAGCAACAACAGCGGCGACGUCGCUGGAGGAGGAGGGGAGUGGGCUGCGCGGCCUGACCUCUCUCUCUCAGCUCCUCGUCAGCCACAAUGAGCUGCGCACCCUGCGGGGCCUCUGUGGGGCGGCCCACACUCUCACCACCCUCAUCGCCACCCACAACCACCUCACCUCGCUGGACGGGAUGCAGGCGUGCCGGCACCUCACGUACAUCGACCUCUCGCACAACGACAUCGAGUCGCUGCGGGGCCUUCCGCAGGUGUGCGGUGUCACCCGAACCCAACCGGCACGAAGGACCUCAGCAACGGCGGCAACUUUGUUUUCGUCGUUGUCACCCGCCGUCGCCCACACGGACCCCGCACUGGAGCUGAGCUCGAUCAACGAAGACACCGACACGUACUCCAUCGCCUUCGCCACUUACAGGUCGUUGGGGGAGUCACCCUGGCAGCCCCCGCGCGUCGCAGCCGCUGGCCGCUCCAUCAGCACAACCACGUCCAUACAAUUUCGCGUGGAGGACACCCCGACGGUGUCUGCGGACACGCCAGUCGCCUUCUCCAUCCUUGAAGGCAACGCCGCCGCCGUCACUGCUGCUGCUUCUGCUGACCCUUCUCCAUCUCACUGGUCCCUCCCCGGGGCUCAAGGGCAGGAGGAGGCGGCAGCGGAGGAGGAGGAGGAGGCGUCAGAGGAGGACAGCACGGAUGUGGUGUUGAUCCUCUCGCACAAUCGCCUGCGUGGUCGUGCCCUCGCUGCCCUGCUGUGGGUAGACAGCGGCGAUGCCUCGAUAAGCCUGCCAUCCGCCGAGGUGAAGAGAGGAGCACGGAGCGGCGGCCCGUCUCUCCUGCGUCCGUGGAGCACCGCGCUGACGAGCUUGGACCUCUCCCACAACUACAUCGAAGACAUCGACGAUGUUCGUCGGCUCUUCGCCCACGUACCGUGGCCCGUCGCGCCUGCCCGGGGCGGACGAUCUCCACCUCCGACUGCCGCGCCAACGAAAGGUGCGCCCCAUGCAGAGGGCAACAGCGCCUGCGUGGUGAGCGCCCCUGUUCUGCAACGGCUGCGGCGUCUUGACCUGAGCGACAACCCGUGCCUGGUAAACGGGUCCCUCGCAAGGAGCAUCAUGGCGGCGCCGCCGUCGUCGUCCUCGCCGCCCGUCUCGGCCCCGCCGUCUGCUUCUCCCAGCGCACGUCGUGAAACCGUCCGGCCCAGCGACACGGCGCAGGCGAGGCGAGCCGUCGCCGCUUCACCCUUCGCGUUUCGCCUUCGGUUUUCUUCGCCCGCGCUGGCGGAUGUCCUGCGCAGCUCGGCCUCUCUCCUGCGCGCAGCGACGUUCGAGCACCUCCCCUCCGCACAGUUGGCGAUGGAGGCGGUGCUGCAGGCACUCGCGGACGACUGGCGGGACUCGCCACCGUCGCCACUGCUGCUGAGCCGCCCCGCUGCCGCAGCCGCACUGCCUGCGUCGCUCUUCGCCCUCUUCGCGCCGUCCACCACAGCGCCGACCCGUCAGCGGGCGACCCAGACGGUGCUCCUGCUGUACGGCGGGGAGGUGACGGUGUUGGCGGCCGCGCUGCGGCAACACGGCGUGCGUCUCGGAACGGUGCUCCGUGUGCCCACGGCUGCCCCGCUCGACAGGGCGGCUCUGUUCUUGUCGUCCGCACCUACGGCGGUGAGCCGCGCAGCGGACGGUCGUGACGCACCUCGGGCCGCGUCUACCGGCAGGAGAAGCCCCGUCCGUGCCAUCAGCACCACCGCCGCCGUCGACGUCUUCUUGACGCCGCCGCCGAAGUGGGGCUCCGACACUGCGACGUCUACCACUUUUCUGCAGGCGAGUCUCCUCGGCGGUGGCAGCUCCCCGCCGCGCGCGGGGGAGCGCUCGCUGGAAGUGCAAAGCCGGGCGUCGUCGUCGACGCUGGCCGCCGCCACCGUCGUGCCGCGGCCGGCACCCCAGCGUGACCCACAGCGUAGUUCAGCAGAGCGGGGCGGCGGGCCGGACGCGGAGACGUCGACGGUGGGCUACCGCCUCCUGCAGGGCUGUGGUGCGGGUGGGGCGCAGCGGCCACCCACUGCAGCGCUCGCCGCCUCGGAGUCCACGCGGGACGGCGUGGCCGACGACGACGCAGACAUGGCCGGCACGCACGAGGAGGACGCGGAGCAAGCGCCGGAGACGGCGAGUUCCGUUGGCCCCGUCCAGGCCGCCGUCACCCUUCAGCAGUACAAAGCGGAGGUCGAGGUCUUGCGCCGUCGCCUGCGCGAGCUGCAGCGGCAUGAGGAAAUUAUUCAUGAAUGGCAGAUGCAGGCUGUGGCGGUGCAGGCGGAGUUGGCGCAGGCGCAACACGAAAUCCGACGUCUGCAGGCGGAGGUGCUCGCGCUGAACCCGGUGCGGGAGUUCGCCCCGUCGGCGGCGACAGCGGCAGCCAGCGCACGCCGCCCCUCCCGCCCCGGGGUGGGGUUAGGAGGCCUUGCUCCGGCAAGUUGA